AUCAGAAGGUGGGAAGGGCGGAGCGUUGGCAGGAGUUGACGGUGCGUGGCUCACACUGCUGUGUAGUUUACUUCAGGACGGGAACGGGUUCUGCUUCACAGACUCGGAGCGGAGCCGUGCAAACAAAACAAAAAGACACAGGCACGCUGCAUGGAGUGACACAAGAAGGAUAAAAGAGUGUCCACGACCUCAAACAUACCUGGCGUAUGUUCACGCUUUGUUUUUGUGGGUUUCUUUUUCGGUAGUUUGUGAGCGUCAUGUCCCAAAGAGUUCGUAAAAGCGGCUCGCCGACGUCCAACUGCAGCUCGGUGAGCGGCGGAAGUUCGAGCGGAGCCUCGGGUCUCAGCGCCGGGGUGAGUUUACUGAACCGCCUGCUGCCCAUGAAAGCCACCGUGCCGUUCCAGCUCAAAGCACAGCCACAGCCCCCCCUACCGACCAGGAUGGCGCUGUCUAACGGCGGCGGUGGAGGAGGAAAUAGCGCUAACGUUAAAUGCUGCAGCAGCGGAUGCGACGCAGCCGGAAGCCGCCUGUGCGCUCUUUCUCGCGCCGCGACCUCUUCCUCUUCUUCCUCCUCCUCCUCCUGCGCCGCUUUGAGCCCGUCCGCAUCUCCUACGUGUACCUCUUCCUCGGCACUCAGAUGUAGUUCUCCCGUGUCUCCACACACGCAGUGCCCGCAGGUCAGUGUGGCAUCAGCUCAUGCCAGCGUGCCUUCUUCCCUCUCUGUGCCCUCUCACAGCGGCUCCCCCUCUCCCUCUCCCUCCCUGCUGCUCAGCUCACUGACGGACAGUUUGGUGCUGACAGCCGGUGCACAUCCUCCAGGGCCAACGUCUUCCUCCUCUACCCCUUCUUCCUCUUCCUCUUCAGCAUCUUGUGGGCACAGGGGCAAAGCCCUGGCAUCUUCGCAGCAGGGCUCACCUGAAAAUGACAGACUGUCACCUGAGAGAAUAAGCCCGAGCUCACCUGUGCACAAAGAGAGGUGCAGAGUUUCACUGGCUGGUCCAGUGGGCAGCAAUAGCAGCAGUGCAAGCAUACACCGGACUUCCUCCCUGGACGCCCUAACCGGCCCCUAUCUGUCAGGCCACUGGCCCCGUGAUGCCACCCACGCCACCUGUGUACCCUGCAUGAGGGACAAAUCCACCCAGACCCCCAGUGCCUGGGCGGAUGAAAGCGAGGAGAAGAGGCGGAGCUCUCACCAGCGCUCGGCAUCCUGGGGCAGCACUGACCAGCUUAAAGAGAUUGCUAAAUUGAGGCAGCAGCUCCAGCGCAGUAAGCACAUCAGUCGGCACCAUCGUGAUAAGGAGCGCAAAUCCCCCUUCAAUGGCAACCAUGCCGCCAUUAACCAAUCACAGGCUCCCAUCCCAAAGAGCGUCCUGAUCCCCAUCCCCGUCUCCAAAUCUUCCGUCUCACGCUUCCGUAACAGCGUCGAGGGCCUCAACCAGGAGAUCGAGCGCAUCAUUAUCCGAGACUCAGGAGACAAAGACGAACAGUUUAUUCCUCAGGAUGCCCCUGAUGGGCACCGUGCGCCUCCUCCACUGUGCCAGCGCAGCGCCAGCUCCCGCAGCAUCGAUACACAGACGCCCUCAGGCAUCACCGUGGGCAGCAGCCAUAGCAACAGCAGCAGCCGAUCCCAGUCUGUCUCGCCUGCCUUCCUGAGCGUGCCCAAUGAACUCUGCAGCGACAGCCCCUCUCCCAAUGAGGAACCACUCGGUGACUGUCGUGAUAAAGAUUUGAUUCCUGGAUCUCCUCUGCCCAAGUACGCAUCUUCUCCCAAGCCUAACAACAGCUACAUGUUCAAACGUGAGCCUCCUGAGGGCUGUGAGCGUGUCAAGGUCUUCACCGAGGAAACACAGGCCAAACCUCCGCGUGAGAUCCCGCAGUUCCUGUGCCCAGACAGAAACAAGGUCAACUUCAUCCCCAACAGCGGCUCCGCGUUCUGCCUGGUCAGCAUUCUCAAACCGCACAGUCUGAUGAGCGUCCCCGCCGAGGCCGAACAGAGAGUGUCCCGCGGCACCAGCACCCUGUCCCAGUAGCCUUCCUCCUAUUCUUCGUCUUUCUCCUCUUCAUCCUGCCUCGCACCACAUGUAGGAGACACAGAGAGCUUGAUAUGCAAUCAAUCAACCAAUCAAGCUUCCUGGCAAUCCUGAUCAACCCCACCCCCACCCACCCCUGCCUAAAGUCAAACAGCAAAAGAAAAGAAAAUGUAGGGCUCUAUUUUGGUAACACUCCUUAUAUUUGAUAAGAUAAUAACAAUUGCUAUUUGCUAUGCAGCUUUUUAGGUCAGUACUUGUACUACUUAAGGACCAGGAGGACAUGUUGUGUGAGGGUUUGUGAUAAGCAUAGAUAUAUUUUUAUUGUUCCUCUACCUUUGAUAGAAACGACUGAGUGGAGACGUGUGGAUGAAUAUUUUGUAUCUCUUAUAGGACACACGCGCAAAGAGAGCGCAUCUGCUCACGUUUAGCAUUCUUCCUUAUUCACUCUGAGUGUGAGGCUUGAGAGACUGAGAAAAUGUAUCGUUUUCUAAUAGCUUGCAGUGUAUCUCUUUUAGAGAACUGUAUUUUUCAUAGAGUUAGAACAGUACAUCAUUGAAUGCAAAUGAUGUCUGAAUAUUUUGGAUGAUCUGACAAGACCAAAAGACCUGAUAUGUAGAAGCUGGGAUGAUGAAGGCUUCUGCCUCCAUCUGGUUUUUUUAGCCUGCGCCCCUCUGUGUGUUCGGACCAUGAGGCGGACAGCAGGAGACUAAUGUCAGACCAACUGAACUCUGCUGGCCUUUUACCCCCCCCCCAACAAAAAAAAGCCCCCGUCCCCACCCUGUGGUUUGUGAGAGGAACGGAAAGUGCAGAGGAGAAAGUAAAAGAGACUGCGUUCUGUGCUUCACGUGUGACGCUCUGAUUCUGCGUUGAAGUCUGUCAGGCGACUACAGCACAAGAGCUCAGCAACCGGCAUGCUUUUGUCCGUGUGGCCGUAGAGCGCGUUUCAAAUGAAUUUGGGUCCAAACGCUGAACUUCAAACACAUCAGGGAACAAAGAGUGUGUUAGAGAGAGCGAGAGAAAACGAGAGCGAUGCAAUGCUGAGGGCAUGUUGAAUUAAGUGUGCAUGUGUGUGUGCGCGCUCGCAUAUGAGCGAGUGUGUGUUCUCUCUUCUCUCACUCACUGACGAUAGGCCUGAGACUGUUGAACUGAGAGCGCUGUGACACUGAGAGAGAAAAAUCUGGAAUAUGAAAUUGCAUCAAAUGGAUAUUUUAAUGUCACACAACUUCGCUUUAAACUCUAUUUAAUUAACAGCUUGAAUACGAUUGAACUAUAUCGGAUUUAUACGAUCGAAUCACAAUUAAUUCGAUUAAAUAAUCUAGUCCAAAAAGCUUAGUGUGUUCAGAAAACCUGCAUUUAUAUCCACGCUACUUCAUGUGGAUCAUAUUAACUUUUUUUUUUUUUCCUAAUUGUACCAUAAUGUCAUGCAUUGUGUUUAGAAAGGUAACAGUUAUACCUUCACACUUCUGCAUACAAUCUACCAGCUUUCAGUUUUCAUGUCUCUCAGAUAUGAUGAACAGUCCAAUCUGUAAUCAUUCCCCGUCACUGCCUGCUUUUCGGCCACGACUCUUUUCCUCAGUGUCACAGAGCUGACUGUAAUAAUAAACACUGCUUGCCAAGUGUCUGUCAUUCAUGUUUGCAUAUAUGCUGUGUAGGUAUUUUAUUUCGUAUUGUUUCAUGUCAACAGCGUCACUGUUGUAAUAAUAAUCAACUAUUGGCUGAAAAGCAAUAAGAACAGGUUGUUACGAUCACUCUGUAAUCCUGUCCAAAGAAAAUGGCUGCUGUUGAAGCCAGGAGGAAGAGUGAGGAGGCAUAAAACGACGUUUCUUAGACAGUUUACUGUUCCACAGUAUCAAUAAAAAAUAACCAUCAGGCUCAAACCUGUGUAAAGUUCUAAUGAAGACCAAAGCCGUGGAGUGCCUGCUUCAGUACGUCACACUAGUGGCUUGGUUUCUUACCUUCACUCGUUCCCUUGUUUAUUGAGCAGGCCUGGGUUUGGGCUCGAGCUCCCGGGUGGAGCCCAACACACUUCUGUAGUAUUGGGGUCCGUUUUUGUUUGGGUUUUUGUUUUGUUUUUUCUUUCACAACUGUUAAGGUAUUAUUUUGUGCUUUAAAUGAAAUAAAUAUUGAACUUGAAAAAGAUUGUCGCACUUUUUGCAAGUGUUGCAGAUCAGUUAGGCCCCACAUGGCCUAUAGCUUUGAACACCUACCAUUUCUAACGAUUACAAGGUCUUAAUCAUCUGAAAUCAGCUGAUGGUUAUCUCUGUAGGUCUGUACUCAGGAAUGUACGAACAUUAUGCUCUUCCCAACAGCUACAAAAUACUAACAGUUCUCUGUUUGGAAAUUUGAUGAUGUAUCUGCUUAGUAUAUGUGCCUGUAUUUAAAGUAGAGAGUAUGCACAGUUUAGAGACCAUUUUAAUGCAUUUUUUUUUUUUAUAAGAAUGGUGGCCUUCAUUUUCUCUUUCUAAUUAGUGUAUGUUAGUUUGAAAGAACGAGGGGAAUGAGAGUGUCCUACAUGGUUGGCUCACAUUUACACACUCGUACAUGCGUUUGGAGAAACUAGACGAGAUGAUCAGAUUAGACUCGUGUUUUAGAGAGUUCUCUUCAUGUUGCACAUUUAGGUCUGCUCAGACACAGCUUCAGCACUGUUGUGUAGGCCUCUGAUCUCUUACUCUGUGUGAGGUGACUGUUCUGUACUUUUUGUUUUAUUCCCAUACAGUUCAUGUACUCCAUAAUGUUCCUCUGGCUGUAUGUAACUGAAUAAAAAUAAAGUUGCAGCUGCUCCAAAUACAAAGUGAGAA